AUGCUCAAAGUCCUUGUCCUGAGUGAACCACUCCACGCUCUGAGGACCUAUCUUCGUGUGGCAGACAAUGUUUGGGCAUUGCUAUGGUACGCUGCACCUUUCAGGCCCGUGGCCGAAGAUGUAUCUUGGACAAGACUACCUGUUCCUUCUGAUCUCCGUGACAAUGGCAUGCAAAUGUUGAGACACGGUGCCGGAUCCACAACCGAUGCCGAAUGCCUUGAUGAUUGCCGGCCAAAGACCAUGACGUCUGCUGAUAAAUCCGAUGGCUUUGCGAGCACCGUGGUGACCAUCAGAAAUGCAAAUCCCGGUACAUGUAGUGUGGGCGGACAGGUCUGGUCAGCCAUCACAAUCGACGGGCAGAAGAUGGUACGGCAGAUGACCCCUCGUACACACUAUUAUGGCGGAGAACGUUUUCAUACGGUCCCCCGGCGGGCAUGUCAGCCUAGAGGAAUGGCUUCGGCCCACCGCGUACCUGGCCGACUUCGGCGACUUCAACCGCACCAAGCUGCUGCUAGCCAGUCGCCCACUCCCAUCCAGCAGGUCCUAAAUACCCCGAGCGUACUGUCUGUCCGCCUUGAGAAUCGUGAGCUCAACGGGAACAUUGCGCUGUUUGUGCAGUACCGUCUGGAUCGUGCUGAGUUUCCUCCCCCGUCCGUCCAAGAGAAACCCGGCAGAUGA